CACGGCCUGAAUGCCAAUCUCCUCCGCCUGGCAGAGUGUCUGGAGCCACAGGAGGCUUGCCACGUCGUCGACCCCUGGGCCCGGCCUGCGCUACGUCGCUCGUGAAGCGGGAUACCGAGAGUAUUUAGCAUUGUGCAUUGCCCAGAGCGAGAGUCAGCCGGAGCACUGAUAUUUCUGCUCACACAUCUCCAGACUCAGCUACAUAUGAGUAGUAGCCGUCGGGGGCUGCCCACUAACACCACCACCACCUUUGAGCGCAUGGUGUCAAAGUGAACAGGGACAAGACAAAGGAUAUUCAUUAGCCCCACCACUUGGCAUCGACCCGCGCUUUGAUUCAUUCAGGCUGUUUCAAUGGCUAGUCCCAGCCAUCGCCGCUUUGGCUCUCAAGGCCAGCGCCAAAGUCUCGUCCACAACGAUGGCCUCGAACCCGGGCCUGUUUAUAACAAGACCUACGGCGCUGAAGAGACGCUUCCUCCCCCAAACACCACCAGCAACGAAUACAAACGAACCCAGUGGCGGCGCAGUGGUGAAGGCCAAGGCCAAGACAUGAAGCUCUUUAGGAUCAAGUCCGGUGGCGAAAGUGGCCGCAACGGCAUUCAUCCCUGGCACUUCUUCAGAAUUUGCUUCCGCUCUUCUUGCAAAGCCAGCGCAGCCGUCAAUAUCCUCUGGCCUAUUGUUCCCGUUGCUUUGGCUGUUCGGUAUUCUUUGCCACAACAACAUGUUCUCAUUUUCACCCUCUCCUACAUUGCAAUGGCCCCUUGCGCCAACCUAAUCGGAUUCGCUGGCCAAGAGCUUGCUCGCAAACUCCCCCAUGUUCUCGGCGUCCUUAUUGAGACGACGGUCGGCUCUAUCGUCGAGAUCAUCCUCUUCAUGGUUCUACUCUCCAUGAAUCAGUUUCUUGUCAUAAAAGCCGCCAUCCUCGGUUCGAUUUUAGCCACUAUGCUUCUCUGCUUGGGCCUCUGCUUUUUCGUCGGAGGAUUAUACCAUGAGGAACAGAGCUUCAGCGAUACUAUUAGCGAGGCAGGCAGUGGUUUACUUCUCACAGCCGGCGUGGCAUUAGGCAUUCCCACAGUCUUUCAGCGAGGACUUCCAGAAUCCAAUUUGACACCUGAAGAGAUGGCCCACAAGACCCUAAGCAUCUCGCGAAUUGUAUCCGUCCUGCUCAUCAUUGCAUACUGCGUUUUUGUCUUUUUUCAAGCCCGGACGCAUCACGGUCUCUACCAUGACAUUUUCGAAAUGGACGAAGAGCGUGACCGCGACGGUCACAAGGACGCCGCCAAGGACAAGCUCACCCUGAUAGAAUGUCUCAUUGCGCUAAGCGUUGCCGUUGCUCUUGUUACUUUGAUUGCAAUCACCCUUGUCUUGCAAAUCGAGCCCAUCAUUGAGCACUCAAGGGUGUCUGACGCUUUCAUGGGUCUUAUUCUGGUUCCUUUCGUCGAGAAAUUCGCCGAGCAUAUCACCGCUAUUGACGAGGCGUGGGACAACCAGAUGAACUUUGCGCUGUCGCAUGUCCUGGGCGCCACUCUUCAGACGGCCCUAUUGAACGCACCCCUGGUCGUCGUCGUGGCUUGGGGCCGUGAUAAGGCUCUGGAUCUAGACUUUGGCAUCUUUGACCUCGUCAUGCUUAUUCUCGCCAUUCUAACUGUUGGUCGAUUUUUGCAAGAUCAGAAGAGCAACUAUCUUGAAGGUUUUCUCUUGGUGGUUCUUUACGUGGCUAUCGCCGUCUCUGCUUGGUACUAUCCGAAUCCAGCCCACGGAGGAGCCGAAGGGUCUGGCUCUGCAGAAGGUGUAGAAGCUGGCGAGAAAUUCCGCCUUUUUUGAUGUGGUCCACGUGUUUCUGCAGCUCAGCAUGGCAACACUACUUAAACACUAGACUUUUGUGAAGGGGAAUUUCGAGAAAUUUUUUUUUAAGACUUACGAGACCAUAUAUGGCGUUGGAUGAGAUAGUUACACGGCAUACAUAAGGGUUCAGAUCUUGCGCUCAAGGGGCGUCCACUGGUUUCCUACUUACUGUUCGUAUGCGCUUUUUUUUUUUUUUUUUGCUUUUUUUGAUAAGAACGAUAUGAAUUUACUAAAAAUUGCACAACCAACUUCCAGCUGCGAUGCUUUGGAAUUUGAAUUCGAGAACAGGCAUGUGAUGAUGCCUUGACCUACCCUAUAAAGUGAUGGGAUUUUGUAAUCUUAAAAAGGAGCACUUACCAAGGUACUAUAUUGGGUAAGAAUAAUAGGCAUUUAUGUUGUGGUAGUAUGUUUCUCUUUUAGACUCUUGUCUUAUCGCUUUGCAUAACGGAUAACUCUGUAGCUGCCUAGGUAUCAUGUGCAGUAGAAGAUCAUGACGCCCCUGUGGUGCUACCUAUCACCAUCAUAUCAGGCUGUUGUUAUUGAUCGGAUUGGCUCACAUGUUGGAAAUGAAUGCCCGUUACCACUCUUGGUUUAGCGUGCAGCAAUCGGGCUAAGCGAGAUCUCGCAGCCACAUUGUUCCGGCGCGCCAGUGCUAGCGCGUGGCUGACUCAGCGCUGCAUCUGUUGAAUUAAGCUCUCAAUGAUGAUGGCAUUAUCGGCCAAAUAGGAAUUUCGCUGUAUCAGAGUUCUUUAGCCAUUUCGCAUAGCUUAGCCUUGCGUCUAUCUUGUGGCUGCAAACGUCCAAAAGGUUGAAAGUUCUGAUUACUUGGCCCACUGCUUCGCGCUAUAAACCCUCUUGUCCGACCUGUCUUCUCGGACGCACCGAUGCUGCUGGAUCGCCUUGCCCAACAACAGUGCCAUAUUUUAGGGCAGUACAUCCCUUAGCAGCCCGGCGUCACGCUCGAAUGUAGUACCUCGAAUAGAAUCGGCUGUCGCAAUCCAGACUCAACGAGCGGGUUGCCAUGGAUCGUACGAGGAAGCGUAUGUGCUGUGUUUGCGACCCUGCCGCCCACCACUUUAUGGGCUAACAGUGAAUGUUAGGAGAGCUUCGAGCUCUUAACGAAAAGGCCUGGGAUGGCGACAAGGGCCUCAUCAUCAUCAGCGGCUCACUUGACUCGUCUCUCAAGAAGAAUACCGCCUUUAUAAAAAGGCUUCGAACCGCGAUUAGCGCUGCGACCCUCUCGACCUUUCUGCAAGAAAUCCGAACUCUUAGCUUGCAUAAGUAUCUUUCCGAGAUCAUAUCUGCAUGCUAUGAAGGGCUUUGUAGACUUAAAGCUCCAGGCGAGGUUGAGGCGGCGGUCGAAAUUGUGAGCGCGCUCCAUCAACGGUUCGGCCCUACCGAAUUCACCGAAUACCUUACCUGGCUGCUUGGCAAGGGCAUGGCCACGCCAGACAAGGGCAUUCUCAAAAGUUUGCCGGCAGAGGUGCGCGAGAAAGAGGAGAAAGAGCGCAUCACCCGACAGCGUGCUCUUCUUAGGGUGAUUACGGAACUCUGGCUUGUUGGCGUGCUGAGGACGCUCGAUGAUGCGAGCAAACCAGAUGAUGCUACCAAAGGCGCUACUGGCAAAGCUCCAGAGCUGAAGACUCGGAAUAGCUCCAAAGUUGGCGGCUCUGCGGACCCGUUUCCCCUCGAAGUCUUGAAAGACUUGCUCGGUUAUGAUAGGGAGCACGCUAAUUUGCCGCUGCUUGUCAUCUUUGUCAAAGCAUUUAGCUGGGACAUUCUGGGGAUCCGAACCACUACGCCUGAAAGCCGCAAGCCUGGAGAUGAUGAUAGUUUGCCAGUCACGGACGAUACAAAGGACCUUUCCGCCGAAGACCAGCCAUUUACUUCUCCCGAACUAGCGGACAAGUUUAAAGAAAUCUUGAAAAAGUACUUCGACGAUGUUGCGAAUCACAUUGUCCGUGACCAAAAAUCCAUCCAUCUCCAAGCACGGCGCAACGCGGAGGCCUAUGUUAAGUCUGGAGAGGUCUUUGAAGAUAGGCAAGCUAAUUACGAGAAACAAGUGAAAGCUCAAGAUAGGCUGGUUGCGAAUGCCCAAGUAAUAGCAGACGCAAUUGGCGCGGAGAUGCCCAACCUAAAAGACUCCAAUGAUCCUCUUGCAGCUUCAAACAACUCCAUAGGCUUGGUCAAGACUGGCGACUACCUGCGAUCUAUGGCAGACGGCGCUGGCAUUUGGGAAGAUGAAGAUGAACGCCGGUUCUACGAAAACUUAGUGGACCUCAAGGGAAAGAUUCCGGCUAUUCUUCUAGAAGAUGGCAAAAAGAAGAAAACAGAGACCGAAGAACAGCCUGCCAAGAAGCCAGACUCUGCCGAAAGCUCAGAACCUAUAAAGGCUGCGGAACCCAUUGAUGAUCAAUCAAUGGCUAUUGCCAAUAAAACCAUCGGAGCACAGGUAGAUGCUAUCUUGGCUCGUCUGCCAGACCUUACAAACAAAGAGAUUAUUGACCAGACGGCCAUUGAUUUCUGUUUUCUCAACUCCAAAGCGUCGCGCAACCGACUCGUCAAGGCUCUGACGGAGGUUCCCAAGGGGAGAAGCGAUUUGCUGCCAUCCUGGGCUCGUCUGGUUGCUACCUUGGGCAGAUAUAUGCCAGACGUGCCCAAAGGUUUGGUCGAUUAUCUGGACGCGGAGUUUCGUAGUCUACAGCGACGCAAGGAAAAGGACUUUUUGGGCCAAGUCCGGUUGAGCAAUAUUCGGUAUCUGGCCGAGCUCACAAAGUUUGGAGUAGUCCCCGAGCAUGUGGUUUUCCACUGCCUCAAGGUUAGUCUUGAUGACUUUUCUCGGAUGAAUAUCGAGAUUUUGUGCAAUUUAAUUGAGAAUUGCGGCCGGUAUCUCCUCAGGAACCCUGAAACUGCGCCGAGGAUGGCAAGCUUUCUUGAGACGCUGCAGAGGAAGAAGUCUGUACAGCAUAUUGGCCAGCCAGAGCGGAUGCUCAUUGAUAAUGCGGUGUAUCACGUUGAUCCCCCAGAGCGACCUGCUAUUGAGCAGAAAGAGCGAACUCCAAUGGAGCUCUUUAUCCGAAAGUUAAUCUAUGGAGACAUGACUAAACGGAAUUACAGCAAGAUCUUGAAGCAGAUUCGCAGACUCCAUUGGGAGGAGGCAGAGGUUGUUGCCAUUCUAGAAAAAGUAUUUUCUAAGCCUGGAAAAGUGAAAUAUGGGAACAUUCAUCUUCUUGCCAUACUAUUGAGCGCCCUUUACCGGCAUCAUCCGCAUUUUGUGGUUAAAAUCAUUGAUAACGUUCUAGAGUCUAUUAGUUUCGGACUAGAACAAAACGACUUUAGGUUUUCCCAGCGCCGCGUUGCUGAAGUCAAGUAUCUCGGCGAGCUCUACAACUAUCGCAUGCUGGAACAUCCAGUGAUUUUUGACACCAUGUACAAAAUCGUCCUAUUUGGAUAUAACGGGCCACCUGUAACUGGCAAAUACAAUCCUUUUGACCUCGUGGACGACUAUUUUCGGAUCCGUCUUAUAUCUAUCAUGCUGGAAACCUGUGGGAUGUUUUUCAAUCGGGGUGCUGCAGGCAAAAAGCUUGACUACUUCUUAUCAUUCUUCCAGUAUUACGUCCACACGAAAUAUCCCCUGCCCCUGGAUAUCGAGUUUCUUGUGCUUGAUACCUUUGCAUUAACCCGACCCCAGUGGAAAUUUGUAGAGGAUAUUGAGGAGGCGACUAAAGCUUUUCAGCUUGCCAUCUCCCAAGACCAGAAGACUGCGGGUGUUGACAAGGUUAUUGAAGCAGAUGAUGCUACAAGUGGCCCAUCUUCCGAAGAUGAAAAUGGGGACAUGGACGACGUGGAAGCGGAUGGCGAUGGCGAUGAUGAAAGCGCCUCCGAGGAGGAAGAAGAAGCAGAGGAUGGUGAUAAUGGCUCAACUCACGAAAGCGAGUAUGACGAGGCGAUAAUUGUCACCAGACAAGAGGAAGUUGUAGAUCCCGAAGACGAGGCCGAAUUUGAGCGAGAGUAUGCGAAAAUGAUGGCGGAAAGCCUCGAGUCCCGCAAGUUCGAGCGCAAACAAUUAUUCGAUGUGCCACUUCCUGUGCGGUCUAGAAAUCGCGAGCCAUCGAUGUCUACUGGCUCUGGAGAGACGGGACAGAGCGGCACUAUGGCCUUUUCCCUGAUGACCAAGAGAGGCAAUCGACAACAGACUCGCACCGUUGAACUCCCUUCGGACUCGACGUUUGCAAUUGCUAUGAAGACACAGCAACAGGCAGAAAGAGAGGAGCAGCAACGAAUAAAGAACCUUGUGCUUAAUUAUGAUCUUCAACAAAGCGAUGAUCAAGAGGGUAACGAGCGGCCAACAACGUUCUAUCAUAACCGGGUAGAGAAACCGAAUAAAGACCGAGGCCAACGCGUUCGGAAGCUUCAGCUGAGCGAUGUGGACUGGUAGAGUAUUACAAUGACAGCCAGUCACGAUGGCGACGUACGAUACAGCUACUCUGCGCUGUGAAGUUGGGCGUCAAGCGGUAAUAAAACUUGAGCCUCAUCGGGGCAUACCUAACCUUGUUGUGCCCCGCCACUUUCGGAAAGGAAAUGAGGAAAUAGCG